UGUCUCUGGUGCUGAAGACAGUGCGCUCUGCCUGUGCCUGGGUCUCUGUGUCUGUCUUCUGUGGCUGCUCUGCCAGCAGGCGUGACGUAGGGAACGUGCGAGCGGUCCAGCCCCAGUGUCCCUGAGACGCCAGCGCUGCUCCAGGGGCCAGAGAGCGAAGAGCAGCAGCAGCGGCAGAGCAGAAGAAGAGGAUCGGGAGAGAGGCUGGGCGUGAGUGUGUGUCCGUGGGAGUGUGUGUCUGUGGAUCCCCCAGCCCUUCCCCUCCGCCUCUCGGAAGGUCUCCAGUACAGAGCCGGGAAGAAGAAGCCUCUCCUCUGGCCCCACGACUGGCCCAGCUCCCAACCCAUGAGGUAUUGUGGCAAUGUGUCCGGUCUGGAGCAAAGGGUUAUUACCAUCUUAAAUUGCCCCCGUCGAUUAUGGGCUGUAUUGGCUCCAAAACCACCAUCGUGGCUGUGGACACUACUUUGCACGUGGAUUGGAACGAGGCGAAGCCCCUUCCUGCCCUCUCGCCCCUUGGCCGCACCCGGAUCUCACUGGUGCGCCGGCUGGUUCGCCAAAGCUCUCUGGAAAGCCAGGACUCUCUUGAGGUAAAUGUUGAAGACACUGUCGAAAUGCUACCCAAGUCCAGGCGAGCGCUCACCAUCCAGGAGAUUGCAGCCCUCGCCCGGUCCUCCCUGCAUGGUAUUUCGCAGGUGGUGAAGGACCAUGUGACCAAGCCCACGGCCAUGGCCCAAGGAAGGGUGGCCCACCUUAUUGAGUGGAAAGGAUGGUGCAAGCCCAUGGAUUCCCCCAUGGCCUUGGAGAGCACUUUCAACUCCUAUUCGGACCUCAGUGAAGGAGAGCAAGAGGCCAGGUUUGCUGCAGGUGUUGCAGAACAAUUUGCCAUUGCUGAAGCCAAGCUGAGGGCUUGGUCUUCGGUGGAUGGAGAUGACUCCAACGACGAAUCCUACGAUGAGGAUUUUGCCACUUCCUCAGACACAACCCAACCAGCCGAUGCUGUGCCCCAGAUCCCACCCAGCACCCUGCUGAAGGGCUUCCUGCACAGCCGCUUGUGCCAGCUGAAUGCCCGGCAAUCCUCCUGCGACCCGGAGAGUGACUCGUCUCAGACCACCAUCUCCCCAGAGACUUUGUGCUCCAGCCUCUGCAGCCUGGAGGACAGCCUUCUUCUCAAGGAGCUGAGCUCACCUUCUGAACUGGCUGCCAAAUUGCUGGGCUCCCUGUCUGGCGGGGAGGAGACACUCCUCUCCAAGUUGCCAGCUGCACAGACCACCGGAGAAUGUGCCUUCCGGAGCCUAGCACAGCUUGAGUGCCAGGACUCUCUAUACUCCAUGUCGUUCACCGAGUCCUGCCUCUCACCCACAGAGGAAGAGGAGGAAGGAGUCCCAUGCAAGGACUUCAAGGUCCACGAGGACAGCUGCCAGGUCCGGAGGAAAGCCUCUGAUGUGGCCUCCUCCGGAGUUGUGUCGCUUGAUGACAAUGAAGAGGAAGAGCAAAGGGAGAAGGAGGAGGAGGAAGAGGAGAGCCGAGAGCAGUGAAUUCCUGCUUGCUCCGUGGCAUGCUUCACCUGCCAUCUUGUCCCGUGCCGUGGCAUCCAUUCUCAACUUUGCUCCAGGGCCCAUCCCUUCUCUGAGCAGGAUGGUUCCUCCCCACCUGGAGGAGGUGGCAUGACCCAAGUCUGAGCAGGGGAAGAUGGGUUGGAUGGAUUCAAAUCCAGGACCCCCAUCCCCCUGCUUUAGUCCCGUCCCAUGCCUUCCUCACCUCCACUGUGCCAUCUGAUUCAGCCAUUUAAAGCCUGACGAGCCUCUCAUUUGGCUUCGUGGAUUUUGCCUGCUGCAUUUCUCUCUCUUGUUCUCUCUUUCUCUUGUGGCCUGUUUUGUUUUCUUUGCAUGAGAAUGUCUUGGGGGUAGGGAAAAUUUAAAGCAAAACAAAAGCCAAACAAGCAAAAUAAUGGGAAAAAGGGGCAGUGCCAACUAAACGCGCCACUGUCCGGGCUGGUUUGGAGCAUGCAGCAUGCCCCGGUCUGAAUGCGCCAGAGAGAAAAGGCACCCCUUUGAUGCUGUCCAGGUGGCAUGGCUAAAGCUCUUAAAACCAAACUGUUGCAAUUCUUAAGACAAUUUAACAAGAUAUAUUAUACAGAUAUCUCCCUUUCCCCUUCAAACUCCUACAGCUCAAGGUGAAGGGCUGAAAUUGGAAUGUGGAAUGCAAUGGAUGCUUGAUUUGUUAUGCCUUUUUUUACAAAAAAAAAAAAUCAACACUGGCCCAAAUGGACCAACCUCUUGGCUUUUACUGUCUUGAUUUUUAUACUGUGGACCUAUAGGAUGAAAGGAGAAAGGAAGGAGUGGAGGCGCAUGGAUGUGCUGUGAUAUGUUCUGUGCUACUCUUCUCAGCUGUCUCCUUUGGAAGACACCCUGCCCCAGAUCUUUUCUAUAUUUUUGUAUAUGUGUCUCCAUGUCACCAUCUUCACGGGGUGUUGCUGCCCCUCUUAUGGAGGAUGGGUUUUUCUAAGGGGGGGCAGUUCUUUCCUUCUUCUCCAUUCGCCCACCCUGACCAAGCAGGGUGGACAAUACUGUGAUCCUCAUCUCAUCCCUUUGCCCUAGCUACUCCCCAAUGCACAGGACCUGAGCAUGGGAAAGUUACUUUUUUGUAUGGUAAGUUGGUGAUGUUUUUAUCCAAAAGAGUUAACUUUUCAAAGUUCUUAGCCUCAGCAGCUCCAAUAUCAAAGGGGACACUUAAAAGCAAAGCAGAGGGAACAUGCCCCUUGCUCCAUCUUAUGGAAUUCUGGGAUUCCGUAGUUUUGUGAGAUAUUUAGAAUUCUGUGCUGGAGAGCUCCAGAGUCCCCAAACUACAAAUCCCAGGAUUCUCUAUGAUCCAGCUGUGCAGUUUAAGUAAUAUCAAGUGCUACAAAGUGUGCAGCAUGAAAGAAACUUAACACACGGAUAGGCACUAUGGGAAAUCUAGCAAGCUUAAUCACUGUGGCAAAGGAUCCUGAGGAUCAGUAGUUUGACAAGGAUGUGGAGAAUGUCUCUGAUGAAGAUCUCCAGUCUCUUCCUCACAUUGCUAUAUCCACGUUCCCUGGGGAUAGGAAAGAGCAUCAGUUUUCAGUCAGUAUACGUUUGCUCAGACAAAAAUGGGACAAACUGAUGGAUGUGUGCACAGACCUGUCUGCUUGCAUCCCUUCAUAGACCACACAUCUGCACAAUAUUUCUUCAUAUGCACACACAUGUAUGGCUUACCACAGGCCUACUUAACCAGAUAUAUGCUGGACAUGUAGUGGACAUGUAGACACAAAUCUAGGUACACACUUCUUUAAGUUUAGCAAGCAUAGACCCCCUUCCCAUCCAUCACAUACACUGGGAAAUGUAUUCCUCUUAUAAAAUACCCAGCUUCUGAUACUGGCCCUGAUCUGGUACCUACAGCAUCAGCCUGAACUGCAAAAAUAUACCAAAUUAAAUCCCCACCUUGAUCAAUCUUUCUUUAUGAUACCUGUGAAUUCUACCUUUCCAGUUAAAUUUUCCUUCUGACCCCAAAUUUCUAGCACUGCAGAGAGUGAGACACUGAAAAUCAUUCACACCUCAAACUCUUCUAUUUGCUAUGUUUGUAUUCCCUUGGGAAAUUUUCCUUCCCUUUUUUCUUUGGAUGUCUAUAUGCAGAAAUAUUGUAUUUUUAAAUGCUCGACUGAAUGUUUUAGUUACUUCAGUGCUAGAAAUGUGGGACUGAAGGAACAAUUUACCAAUGGGGGGAGGCCAGAAUUUUUAUGGGUGGGUGCAAAUCCUUCAUUUUGCACCUUUCCUGUAGCUGCACCCCAUCUCCUUCUUCUCUUUUCUUCAGUGGGAAUAGAGCCUCCACAAUCAGAUACAUUAUACAUUGUAGAUGGCAUAUGCUGGGGACAUAAAACAAGUUCCUUCUUUGUCACACUUGUAGUCCUCCCAGAAUCUGCCUGGUGUUUGGAGACAAGUAUUUGGAAACAAGAUGCUGGGAGGUCUAGAAAUCCUGCUCAUAUGAGGCUUAAUAUAAGUAUAUCCAAGGCAGCUGGAUUUUAAGUGUUAUAAUAUGCCAGUGUCCCCUCUUCUUUAGCCAACUAUAAGGUACUUUGCCCUCUAGGACUGCAUUGGGCACCCUUGGUUUGUUCUAAAAAUGUGACUACCAAGAAAUAUUGCUGCAAAAUGAUAAUGGACGCAAAGAGUGACAAUGGAGAUGAUGGGGAGAGGAGGAUGUGGGGGCUGUUCGAAACAUGUGGACAGCCUGGGCUGGUAGUCAGGGAUGGACCAGCAUCACUUAGACACUGAGCUCUCUUCUGUCCCAGAUCUUGUCUUCUAGCUUCUGUAUUGAGGGGAGGGAGGAGCCCAACAGCAUCUGGAGGCAGCCAUGACCAAUGGCUUCUAGGUUGACAGGGCAGUGAGUCUGCUUUGGCUUUUAGUUUGAACUUUAAAGGACUUCUCUGUAUCCUAAGUAGGUUCAACAACUUAAAUAGUUCCUUUACAAUUCAGAGUAGAAACUAAAGGUUUGAAUCUGAUAGGGGACCCUCCCAGCCACUGCCAUCUGGAGAAACACAGGUUCCUCCAUCCCCAUUUGAUGGCCCUAUGGGAAGUAUGUUGAAGUCAAAUUUCAGAGAGCGAAGCUGGGAGGGGUGAGAGAGUUGAAAGAACUACGAGUUUGAUGAAGAAAACAGGCUAAUUCUUCCAGGAGGGCCUGUGACACUCAUUUGUUUUACUGGGACAGGGGUUGUAUAGUUUUCCUAACCAUUGGUCAUGCCUGGAAAGGGAGGAAGAAAUGUUGCAUAACCUAGUGGUCUCUUGCAGCUAUUUUGACACAGCUGCAGUGAGUUCCUUUUGUGGACCAGAGCUCCCAGAAUCUUUCAGCCAGCGUAGAGGAUUCUCACCACAAUGAGUGGUUAAUUUUGGGAGGCAUAGUCCAAAAAUCUGGGAGAUGUAGUUCAAGUUGGUUGUGGCAGUCACUUAAAGGCAAGAGUACAAGGGGAGGGCUGUUGCAAUGAGACUGAAAGAGAAAGGGUGGAGGAAAGGAGAGUGGAGGUAGGAAAAAUGAAAACCAGGUUUAAUUCAAGGAUGUCCCAGUCAAGGAAUCUUGAGAAGUUACCAUGAAUCCCUCCUUGUUCCCAGUCAAUUGCCACCUUUUUGCAACAUCAGUCCAUUCUGUGGAAUGGGUGCACGUCCUAACACUCCUAACUAUUCCCUGUGCAACCCUCGGUUCUUGCCUUUUCACUUUAUCCCUCUCAACGCCUGUGCAGAGCUGUGUCCCAAAGCCUAUGCAUUCCUCCCCCAUUUUGAUGCAUCUCUCUAGCCCUUCUGACUUGCUCCCCUUCUGACUAAAUGCACAAUAUUGUUUUUGUGUGCCCCUAUUUCUGCCCUGUCACACUCCUGGUGUACACCCCUGGCUGGUACGAAUGACUGUUUUGUUCUGUUUGUAUCUGUAAUUCAUUAAAAGGCUGGUUCUAUCUGA